CUAUCUCCAGCCCACAUGAAACCAUAGUCUUUUUGUCCAAACUAUCAUUAUAAUUUCCUGCUUCCUUAACCCCAAAAUCCUCCACCAAUCCUCCCUCAAAUCCUCACAAUCCAAAACCCCAUGUCUAAUGAUCAAAACAACAUCAGUAAUUCCAAUCCAUUCUUCGAAUUCCACCAUGAUCAUGAUCAUCAAGGGUUUGCAUUUCCCAUAGUGACAGAUCAGUACAACCCUUUUAUGUACAACCUCCCACAGCAGCACCACCAAAACCCUAGUGAAUUUCAUUUCCAAGGGUACAACACCCUUGAUGCACCACCAUCUCCUUGUAAUAGUUUUCGGUUGACGCCUAAUUCGUCGGCGUCGAUUUCUUCACAGGAGGCUGGAGUUGAGGAGGAUUCUUCCAAGAGUAAAAAGGAGGUUGAGAUGAGAGCUUGUGAAGAAGGAGAUGCUAAAUCUAAGAAUAUUGUCAAGGCAAAAGAAAAGGAAGUGAAAAAGCAAAGACAAGCUCGAUUUGCCUUCAUGACUAAAAGUGAGGUAGAUAAUCUUGAAGAUGGAUAUAGAUGGAGAAAAUAUGGCCAGAAGGCAGUCAAAAAUAGCCCUUUCCCAAGGAGUUAUUACAGAUGCACUAGUCAAAAAUGCAUCGUGAAGAAGCGCAUAGAGAGAUCGUACCAAGACCCUACGGUGGUGAUCACCACCUACGAGGGCCAGCACAACCACCACAGCCCCGCCGUGAUACGGGGAAGCGCAGCCGCCGCCAUGUUGGCCCCGUCUUUAUUCUCGCCACGGCCUACGCCGGCAUUUCCCACAUUCCCUCAAGACAUGUUAUUCCCUUCAACUAAUGAAAGAGGCCAAACAAGUCCUGCCGCCUUCUACACACAACUGACUGAACCCGGCCGUCGCCAGCCGCCGCCGCCGCCUGAUAUUCCUGAUCAAUAUACCUUCUUAAUGCCCGGCGCCGCCAUGACUUCUUCUUUCUUCCACAAACCGGAGCCAUGAGUAUUGAUUUUGAAGAUUAAUUGUAUCCAAUUAAUUAAGGGAUGAUUUCUUUUACUAGAUUCUUGAAUUAUUGGUGGAUUUGGUGAUCGAUUAGGGUAAGUGAGGAUAUUUUAAUUAAUGCAAUUUAUUUUGACUUA